AUGUCCCUCAAGGGCCCCAAUCCUCAGCACAACGACGGCUCCGGCCUGCGCGUCGCCAUCGUCCACGCCCGCUGGAACGCCACCGUCAUCGAGCCCCUCGUCGCCGGCGCGCGCAAGAAGCUCCUCGAGGCGGGCGUCAAGGAGGAGAACAUUGUCACGCAAUCCUGCCCCGGGUCCUGGGAGCUUCCCAUUGCCGUCCAGCGCCUCAUCUCCGCGUCGACCAUCCAGUCCAAUGCCACCGGCGCGCCCUCGGCGACCGACCUGCUCGCCUCGUCGACAGCCGAUCUCUCGGUGACCUCGACCGCCUCGGGUCCUUUUGACGCCAUCAUUGCGGUCGGCGUCCUCAUCAAGGGCGAGACCAUGCAUUUUGAGUACAUUGCCGAGGCCGCCGUGCACGGCCUGAUGCGCGCCCAGCUCGACACGGGCAUCCCGGUCAUCCUGGGCAUCCUGACUGUCCUCAACGAGGACCAGGCCAAGGCCCGCGCGGGCAUUGACGGCAAGGGACACAACCACGGCGAAGAUUGGGGCUCGGCGGCCGUGGAGAUGGGCGUCAAGAGGCAAGAGUGGGCAUCGGGCAAGAUUGAGGGCUAG